AUGGCGUUGCAAAAUCCAGGCUCUGACAAGCCCGAUGUCAUCAUGGUGGAUGAAUUGGACAGAGCACAAACAGUAGACGAUGAUGAGAAAGCGAGACAGAUCCACUUGAUUGAUGAGAUUAGGGUUCUGGGUUUGAGUGCGGAAGACGCAUCGUUUUACAACAGCGUAACUCCCGAACAGCGAAAGCGCAUCACUCGAAAGGUUGAUGUUCGGCUCGUGCCUAUGCUGGCGGUUUUGUACCUUAUUUCGCAAUUGGAUCGUGCCAAUAUCGGAAAUGCGAAAAUUGAAGGACUUGCCGAAGACUUAAAACUCAAAGACAACGAAUGGAACAUUGUUCUGAGUCUCUUCUUCGUGCCUUACAUCCUGCUAGAAAUUCCCAGCAACGUCCUUCUCAAAAAGUUUGACCGACCCUCCGUGUACAUCGGCAUUCUCGUCACUAUAUGGGGCAUCAUCAUGACUCUCCACGGUGUAGUUAACAACUUUGCUGGACUGCUCACCGUGCGACUCCUGCUGGGUGUUUUCGAAGCCGGCUUCUAUCCUGGAGCGGUGUACCUUUGCACCUUUUGGUACAUGCCAAGGGACCUUGCAACCAGAAUUGCCUACUUUUACUGCACGAGCGCACUAUCCGGUGCGUUUUCCGGAUUACUUGCCGCUGCUAUCGCUCAGAUGGAUGGCGUUGGCGGCUACGAAGGUUGGAGAUGGAUCUUCAUUCUCGAGGGUAUUGUGACAGUCAUUUUAGGUGUCGCAUGCUUCUUCCUACUUAUUGACUCUCCUCGAUUCUCCACCAGAUGGUUGACGACGGAAGAAAUCCGUUUCCUUGAACUGCAAACAUUCAUCAAACAAGGUGGACGAUUCGCUGAGGAGACUAAUGACAAGAAAUUCAACUGGCACGACAUGAAGAUGGUGGUUACCAACUGGAGAUUAUACGGCCAGGCGUACAUCCUUCUCUGCAUUUCCGCUUGCUCCUACGGCACAAAGUUUACGCUGCCCUCCAUCGUCAAGGGCAUGGGCUUCACCAACACCAACGCGCAAUUGAUGACGGUACCCGCAUACGUUGCCGGAGGUUUAUCUUCCAUCUUCUUCGCCCGGUUAUCCGACCGUUUCCAUUGGCGAAUGCCGUUUGUGGCAGUUCCUCUGUCCCUGAUUGCCAUUGGAUAUUCCAUCGUAAUGGGGUUCAAAGGCAACUUGAAGGGCAGCCAUACCGGUCCUGGGUACUUUGCCCUCGUUUUGACCUGUAUGGGCAUCUAUCCGGUGCAACCAGCUGGUAGUAGUUGGGCUGCGAAUAACCUGGCUCCUGCGAGUCGUCGAGCAAUUGGCGUGGCCUUUAACAUUUGCAUCGGCAAUAUUGGCGGCAUCAUUGGGUCGUACAUGUACCUGGAUAGAGAGGCACCCCAGUACUGGACUGGGUUUUCUCUGUCUCUGGCGUUUGGUGCAACUGGUGUGAUUGUGGCAUUGUUGUUGGAACUUAGCUACAAAUGGGGGAAUGUUAGGAAAGCCAAGACUCCAGAGGAUGAGAUUCGGGCUAGGUAUAGUGAGGAUGAGUUGCUGCGUAUGGGUGACAAGAGUCCUUUAUUUAAGUAUACGCUAUAA